AUGUCAGCCACUAGUACCGUUCCUUCAGAUAUAGCAUCCACAUCAGCCUCCACUCCUGCAAUGUGUCAGCCACUAGUAACCGUUCCUUCAGAUAUAGCAUCGACAUCAGCCUCCACUCCUGCAUUGUCAGCCACUAGUACCGUUCCUUCAGAUAUAUAUAAUCCACAUCAGCCUCCCUGUCCUGUUCCUUCCAAUAUAGCAUCGUCAGCCACUAGUACCGUUCCUUCAGAUAUAGCAUCCACAUCAGCCUCCACUCCUGCAAUUACCGUUCCUUCAGAUAUAGCAUCCACAUCAGCCUCCACUCCUGCAAUGUCAGCCACUAGUACCGUUCCUUCAGAUAUAGCAUCCACAUCAGCCUCCAAUCCUGCAUUGUCAGCCACUAGUACCGUUCCUUCAGAUAUAGCAUCCACAUCAGCCUCACUCCUGCAUUGUCAGCCACUACCUCAACCGUUCCGCAUGUCAGCCACCAGUACCGCAAUGUCAGAUAUAGCAUCCACAUCAGCCUCCUCCUCCUGCAAUGUCAGCCACUGGUACCGUUCCUUCCAGAUAUAG